UGUUUACAGCUGUUCGUCAGAGGGGAAAGUUCAAAGCUGAAGUGACGCCACUUAUUUUUAAAGGUCCCAAAAUCGGUAAUUUGUCUAAUCCGAAAAGAAAGAAGGAUAAUAACAACCUUAGUUAUAAGGACAUGAAAGUAAAGGACAGGUAACCGAGUGACCUGCAAACCGGGAGGAUGUUUAGUUUCGGUGUGACAUCCGGGAGGUGGUCGUCGGUGUCUUUACACAAGCUCUUCCUCCUCUCCUUGUUACACGUGAGAGCUCUUCGCGCCAGCCUCUGUCCUCUACACUCCUGGAGACGUUGUCUUCACUGUGGGAUCCUGCGCUCCGCGCCAACCGGACCAGAAUCCGCCCUUCCUCCUGCACAGGCCGGCCCGUCUGAGACUUCCUCCUCGGAGCAGAACCACGGCUCCUCUUCAUCUUGGUCCCCCAAGCAGGGACCCCCACCCGCUCCCACCCAUUGCUGCAUGAGCGGCUGCCAUAACUGUGUUUGGAUCGAACACGCGGAGCAACUCCUGGCCUAUUAUCAGGACGGAGGAGACAAAGCACUCGCCGCCAUAGAGGAGAACGUUCUUGAUGACAAUCUCAAAGCAUACCUUAAGAUGGAGAUCAAGCUGCUGAAAAAGAAGUGACGCUUUACUGUGAAGUGUCAGAUGGUGACUCCCGUCUACCUCGUCUGGUCAGAUUCAGCCUUUGUGAAAGCUGAAUAUUUAACUGUGUUAUGGAGCUUUUUAUCUUGCCGCCACAGAUUUUGACAACAGUUUUACUAUAAAAUGUGUUUCCAGUUAAGAGUAAGUCCUCAGCUGAUUUGAAGCUAAGUAGAUUUGAAGUAGAUUACAAACGUGAGCAUGACAUGUUGAACCAACCGUCAGCAUUUCAUUGAUGCAUGAAACUGCACUGUGUCUCUUUAAUUUGUGCAAAGCUGUGACUGUGGGGGGAAAAUAUGUUGUCUAUACUUCAAUGUCAUCGCUGUAGCUAUAAAUCAUAAGUGAACACUUUUUUAAAAUCAUCUGUUUGACAUUUAGUUAGCAUGGAGAAUGUUUCUCUUAUAGUUUUAUUUAUUUAAAUAAAAUUUUUCUAUUUAUUUUAA